AUGGUUUCGCACAUCACGCCUUUUACGUUGGAUGUAUUUCAGGCACGCGAAGCUGCCUAUGAAGCCGAACAAGCACGUAUCCGGCAAGAGAAAGAACUAGAAAUAGCUCGCCUACGUGCACUACAAGAACGUGCCUCCGAUGAGGCGGCCGAGCGAGAUGCACUUCGUGCGAAACGUGCAGCCGAAGCCAGAGAGCGUGAAUGGCGGCGCAAGGAGAAAGAAGAAGCAUUGAAGAAGCAACAGACUGAAGAUGAGUUGAAACGCGCUCGCGUUGCGCAAGCAGAAGAACGCAGGCGGUUAUUGGCCAUUGAAGCUGGACGGGAACGCGCAGAAUUUGAACGAAUUUUAAGGUAA